UUUUUUUUGCUAAUAAAUAUCCAUACUUUUUAAAGUCUUACUCAGUCUACUUUUACUCUCUCAUCAGUCCUCUGUCCUCCAUUGGUCUGCCCUCCAACUCAUCACCCCAAAAAAGAAAUUUAAAAAAAAAAACAUCUGCUCAAAAUCUAUUUUUGCUGGGAAUGGCAUCAGAUGAUAAUCCAGAGUUAGUUGAGAGGGUUUAUAAGGGAAAAGACCCUGAAAAGGAAGAAAAUGAAGAUAAAGAGGAAGUUAAAGGUGGAUUUCUGGCAACGGUGAAGGGUUUCAUUCAUGAUAUUGGUGAGAAAAUAGAGGGUACAGCAAAAUUUGGCAAGCCUACUGCAGAUGUUUCUGGGAUUCAUAUUCCUCAUAUUAGCCAUCAUAAGGCUGAGUUUGUUGUUGACAUUCUUGUGAAAAAUCCCAACCCAGUUCCAAUUCCACUUAUUGACAUAAACUACUGUAUUGAGAGUGAAGGAAGGAAACUGGUAUCUGGACUGAUUCCCGAUUCUGGUACAAUUCAUGCUCACGGCUCUGAGACUAUCAAGAUACCGGUCGUUCUGAUUUACCAUGACAUUAAACAGACUUAUAAGGAUAUUAAGCCUGGAAGCAUUAUUCCUUACAAGGUUAAGGUUGAUCUCAUUAUAGAUGUUCCUGUUAUUGGAAGGAUCACUAUCCCCCUUGAGAAAACUGGAAAGAUCCCGGUACCAUACAAGCCUGACAUAGAUGUGGAAAAGAUAAAGUUUGAGAGGUUCUCUUUUGAAGAAACUGUUGCAACACUUCAUCUGAAAUUGGAUAAUAAGAAUGAUUUUGACUUGGGUCUUAAGAAUUUGGACUAUGAGGUUUGGCUAGGUGAUGUGAGCAUUGGAGGUGCUGAUCUCGAAAAAUCUGAAAACUUACCUAAAAAUGGUAUUAGUCAUAUCGAUCUUCCGAUUACAUUCAGGCCCAAGUACUGUGGAUCGGCAGUCUGGGAUAUAAUUAGAGGAAGAGGAACUGGUUACAGCAUGAAGGGAAAUAUUGACGUCGACACACCUUUUGGUGAAAUGAAACUGCCCAUCAAGAAGGAAGGUGGUACAACCCACUUUAAGAAGAAGAAGGAAGAUGGAGGCAGUGAAGAUGAUGAGGACUAGAUCCGCUCAUGUGGAGAUGCUAUCUACUGCACAUUUAUGCAUGAUUAGCAAGCAUUCGGGAUUGCUGAAAGCUUGUUACUGUCGCGUUUAUUUGUAUGUUGUUACCAUUGGAAUGAUGUGUUUUUGAAAUUCUUUCUCUGUUAAGACUUUAUAGCAAUAAAACCAUCUACAUUAUGAGUGAAA